GCCCGUCUAUUUUCAAUUGAAAGAUGCCAAGUACGUAUAUUUAUGAAGGAGUUAGCUAAGCAUUUAUCUGAACGUGAUAGCAAUGUCAAUCCUGAGGAAAGCUGUCGUGAUAAUAUUAAGUCUGCUGCAGAAACCGUUGAUAACGUACAGUCGAAGGUUAGCAAACGUGAUUGGAUUUCGGCAACGUCAUCUGCACUGGUUGGUGCAAGGAGACUGAUUCCAGCUGUUUCUGACCACGAUGAAGAGCGAAAGCAUCUCAAAUGUAAGUUGAUGAAAAGUCUUCGUAUCGAUGGUGAGCAGUGGUGGGCGAAGAAAGCAAGUGAGAGGGGGAAGGCACAACUGGUAGUUAACAUUCGGUAACCAUUUAGGUUCACUAAGAAUACCGGAAAGAAGACGGUGGCAAGUGAAAUCAUUGGCGAAAGAAUGGAAAGCAGAUAAGCCCCCAAGACAGCCAGCUAUAAUGUUGGGCUGAGCACUUCGAAGCACAGUUCAACUGUCCGCCAGCAACCCUUCAGUUGCACCACAUCAAACCGGUCCUCAAACUCUCAUUGAAGUUGAGAAG